AUGAAGACAAGGGAAAAUCUGUUGGAAAACGUUGAUUCAAAAAACACUAAAAGGCAAACAAACACAGCUAUUAAUAGUUUCCGGGAAUAUCUAACAGAGAAAAGCCUUCCCCUCGACUUUGAGUCUUACGAUGAUGCACAGUUGGACGACGUAUUAUCCAAAUUUUACAUGGAAAUACGCAACAAAAAUGGGGAGAUGUACAAGAAGACGACCAUGCAGUCUUAUCGCCAAGGCUUGCAACGGCACUUAUCUAAAACAAGGGAUGUUGACAUUCUCAAAGGUGACAAUUUGAAGAAGUCCAAAAAAGCAUUUCAAUGUAUGACAAAGGAGCUAAAAAGACUUGGUCUGGCAGCUGUGGAGCACUAUCCAGCAAUUGCUGAUGCUGAUAUGGAAAAAAUGUACAUGUUUUUCUGUAAAGAUUUGGAAAGUCCAAAAAUGCUCCAAUACAAGGUAUUUGUGGACAUAAUGAUUCAUUUUGGACGUAGAGGCAAGGAGAACCUGGUAACCUUAACAAGACAGGACUUUGCAGUACAGCCAGAUACAGAGGGUACACUUUAUGUUUAUAAAACCCAUGAUGAACUAACCAAAAAUCAUCAGACAGAUAGUGAAAAGUCAUCCGAUGGUAAGAUGUAUGAAAUCAAAGUGACCGAUGUCCAGAGGACAAUUCGCCUGUCAAAGCAGGUACAGAAGGUAGUGGCCAAGAUCAAACAGUCUUUGGCAGAAUACAAUUUGGUUGGAUAUCUGUCCAUGUCUUUUCCACUCAAAUUAGAUUUUGAAGACAUUAAAAACCAGGAAAAUGAAAUUUGGCGGAAAGUUGAAGUGACAGACCGAGCUGAUAAUUUAUCAGCUGUGAAAAGACAGGCUAUUCAGUUGAAGUCAAUGAUUGGCAGAGCUAAGGAGAAGAAGUGCCUCGUUAAAGCAUAA